AUGUCUUUGAAAAGGAAGUAUUUAGAUGAUUGUGAUAGGGACAGUUUCACUUUCCCUCUACAAUCUUUACCUGAUGAGCUGAUUCAAGAAUUAUUCUCACAUCUACCACAAUCGGAUAAAUUGAGCCUAUGUCUCCUAAACAAAAGGUGUAAUAAAAUCGCAACAAAGUUAUUGUACAGAAGAAUUUACUUGAAUGAUUCUAACGUGGUUAAAAGCGAUUUCAUGGACUUAGCAAUAAACUGGUCUUUAUUACACAUACCGUCUUUCUUAUUCGAAGAUGAAUCGAGAGCAAUUGCCAACCAUAAACUAUCCUUAUUAAUUAGUACACUACUAAACAAAAAGUUAUGUGUAGAGUCAGUACAAUGGAUUAGAAUCAAUUGGGAUUUAGAUUCAAAUUUACAAAGAAAGAUAUUAUCAAUUUUAUGCAAUUUCGGAAAAUCUAUACAGAGAUUGGAAAACAUCACUGACCCAGGUUGUAAUGACAUAAUCUCAACCGGUGCUAUCUCUUCUGAAAAAGUAACAAGUUUUGAUUUAGCACCUCCAAAUUCAUUACCUGAAAUGACUGUACCGAAUGAUUACAUACCAAAUUCUCAAAUGUAUUUGAGACAAAGAAUUUCCUCAAGAUUAUCUCAUAUGACUUUAUUUAUCGAUCCUCUAAAGUUAUUCAAUUACUUAUAUCCUUUGGAGAAUAAAUUACAGAUUGUAGAUUUGAAACUACAUUGGAGAAGUGAAUUUUACGAAUCAAAAUACUUUUUGAAAAGAAUACGAAAAAAUAAAUUUGAGAAAUUAUCAAAUAUCUUUGACGUCAGGUCAUUAAAAGUAUUAACCAUCAUCUCAUGGAAUGAAAACUUAAUGGAAAGAGAAAUAGAAAUGAUCAAAGAUUUUAAAGAAUUUACCUAUAUCGAAGACUUAUCCUUAAUUUCAAUAAAACAAGAUACUUCAAUUUUAGUUCCACUUUUUUCUAAAUUAACAAAAUUGAAAAGAUUAAAAAUGGAUUUCCUAGAUGAUUAUCUACCUGAGUCCACGAAUCCUGAAAUUUUUUUAACAAUGAUGUUGUCUUGUAAAAAUUUGCAAUUUAUCGAUAUGAGAUUUCAAGGUUUAGAUCCUUCAAUUAUUUCAAUUGCAGAAGUAAUUGAUAGGGAUAAUUCUGCAUCACAGGAUAAUGAAUCAAAUGAAGCAAGUAAUAAAUUCAUAUUAUCGCAACAUUGUCAAUGUGAAAGUUGUGAUCAUGUAUUUAAUGAGAUAUUAAAGAAAAAAAUUUUCUUAUUCCCUGAAGAUUAUUAUUUCCAAGAUGUAAAUGAUAUUGCAGCAAAGGAUAUCUUUAAAAUGAUGCGAUAUUUGUCAUUAUUGCCUUAUUCAAAAGCUUGUGAUUAUUAUCCAAGUGUAAGGACACAGCCUAUGAAUUUAAAAGAAUUUGUUAAGAAAAUGAAUGAAAAUUUAUUAAUUUACAGACAAAGUAGAAACCAACUUAUAAAAGAGGAAAUCAAGUCAACAGAUAUAGAUGAUAUAUUAAAUGACAUACAACGUGCAACUUAUUCUUUACCACAUCCAGCAUUAACUGAAAAUGAUGUUAUUUGUUGUUACCAUGCCUUAAUUCAUCAGUUCAAGACAACAUAUGUAGCAUUUUUGAAAAGAUUCCCAAGAUUAAGAUUUUUAAUGUUGAAUGAUAUUCCAACAGUAGUUGUUGAAGAAAACAAUGAACGUGUAUUUGAACCUAUUUUUUAUCACCGUGACUAUGUAACGAAUUUAACAGGAUGGUCGAAAUUUGAUUCUGGAGAGGAAGAAAAUGAACAUGACGGGAAUGGAAAUGAUUCACUAGAUACAUUGACAAGAAAAAUAUCAGCAUUUUAG